AUGGUGAUACCAGUUUGGAAGGAAGGGUCUGUAGGAGAUCGGAAGGCAUAUGCACACCUCUUCGCGUUCUUCAACAGCGUGAUGUGGACAUUGUAUGCCUCAACGGAUCUCCCCAGCACGCUCUUGUUUUCCAUCAUCAGUGGAAUGGGCAUCGUCGUUCAUUUCUUCUACAUCAACUUCUACAUCUACUUUGCGGACGGGAAGAAACGCGUGCAAACCCUCGGCCUUUCCUUCACAUUCUGUGACGCCGCCUUUAUAAUGGCAGAAUUAGUAGCUUCGAUGGUGCUCAUCUCUCAUAGGUGGAGUAGUACUUUUGUCCAUGUCUUUGCUGCAGUAUCCGGAGCAUCUACACAAAUUGUUCCAACAUAUGACCUGGUUAUAAUAGUGAUGAACUACAGGCAGAUCAACAACAUCAACCCAAUAAUCACGGCUGUCAUUUCCCUCUUCAGUGCAUGUACCUGGACCGUAACCUGGACCCCCUAUGGCUUCAUGUCCGUCCCCGUUAAUCCCUACGUUGUGGUACCCAAUCUCAUGGGCAUUCUAUCCGCGGCUGCGCAAAUCGUUGUAUACUCCUACCUAUUAUAUCGCAAGACUGGUACAAACUCCGUCCAAACAGCUGCAGUGGACCAGAGCGGCAAACUGGAAAUAGAGCUCCCAGUUUCUUCGGUGUAG